UGUCCCUCUGUUUGCGCGCGUGUCUGCAUGUUUGUGUGUGCGCGCGCGUGUGUGUUUGGGUGUGUGUCUCUGUGUACACAGACGUCCACUAACUAACUCAGCUGCAGGAGCAGCCCCUGGAAGCAGACGUUUUCGGCCACAGACCCAGAGAGGAGGAGCUGGCGAUCAGGAGGCGUGAGCCGCCAAGAGUCUGCAGAAUUCGUGGUGUGAAUGAACUGGGGGCACCUUGGGCUCAGGGAUCGCCCCCCCUUCCCCGCCUCGGGCCACAGUUGAGUAGUGGGGCAUUUUUUUCACCCUCUUGUGAAGAAUUUUUUUUAUUAUUUGUUGUAAAGUCUUUUGCACAAUCACGCCCACAUUUGGGGUUGGAAAGCCCUAAUUACCGCCGUCGCUGAUGGACGUUAGAGAGGGAGCGCCUCGCCGCGGAACAGUCGCCUGCGCGCCCUCGUCGGACCCGCGGCUCCUGCACCGUGUCCCGGCUCCUCGGCCCUGCGCUUGCUGCUGGCCCGCGCGCGCCGGCGCCCUCUCGGUUCCUGGGCGCAUCUCCAGGCUCCACCAGCUCUGUAGCCGGAGCCCGGGCGCCAGUGCUCGCUUCUGCUCCGGGUCGCUGCGCCCACCCGACGCACCCAGGAGGACUCGGCAGCCCUACUCUGGAUCGUCCCCCUAGGCUUAACCCCGCCGCUUCGCUUGGAUUCCUCGGCCGCCUUCACCCGGGUGGCGACUUCCUCCCCGCGCGCCCCUUCCCCCUCGCCAUGAAGAAGUCCAUUGGAAUAUUAAGCCCGGGAGUGGCUUUGGGGACGGCUGGAGGUGCAAUGUCUUCCAAGUUCUUCCUAAUGGCUUUGGCCACAUUUUUCUCCUUCGCCCAGGUCGUAAUAGAAGCUAAUUCUUGGUGGUCGCUAGGCAUGAAUAACCCUGUUCAGAUGUCGGAGGUGUACAUCAUAGGUGCGCAGCCCCUCUGCAGCCAACUGGCAGGGCUCUCUCAAGGGCAGAAGAAACUGUGCCACCUGUAUCAGGACCACAUGCAGUACAUCGGGGAAGGUGCGAAGACAGGCAUCAAGGAGUGCCAGUACCAGUUCCGGCACCGGAGGUGGAACUGCAGCACGGUGGACAACACCUCUGUCUUUGGCAGGGUGAUGCAGAUAGGCAGCCGAGAGACAGCCUUCACAUACGCGGUGAGCGCAGCUGGGGUGGUGAAUGCCAUGAGCCGUGCUUGCCGCGAGGGCGAGCUGUCCACCUGCGGCUGCAGCCGAGCUGCGCGCCCUAAGGACCUGCCUCGGGACUGGCUGUGGGGCGGCUGUGGAGACAACAUCGACUACGGCUACCGCUUCGCCAAGGAAUUCGUGGACGCACGAGAGCGGGAGCGAAUCUACGCCAAGGGCUCCUAUGAGAGCGCACGCACCCUUAUGAACCUGCACAAUAACGAAGCAGGCCGCAGGACAGUAUACAACCUGGCAGACGUAGCCUGCAAGUGCCACGGGGUGUCCGGCUCAUGCAGCCUCAAGACGUGCUGGCUGCAGCUGGCGGACUUCCGGAAGGUGGGCGAUGCCCUCAAGGAGAAGUAUGACAGCGCAGCAGCCAUGAGGCUGAACUCCCGGGGCAAGCUGGUACAGGUCAACAGCCGCUUCAACUCCCCGACCACGCAGGACCUGGUCUAUAUCGACCCAAGCCCGGAUUACUGCGUGCGCAACGAGAGCACAGGCUCGCUCGGCACACAGGGCCGCCUGUGCAACAAGACCUCCGAGGGCAUGGACGGCUGCGAGCUCAUGUGCUGCGGCCGAGGCUACGACCAGUUUAAGACGGUGCAGACUGAGCGCUGUCACUGCAAGUUUCACUGGUGCUGCUACGUCAAGUGCAAGAAGUGCACGGAGAUUGUGGACCAGUUCGUGUGCAAAUAGUGGCGUGUGCCUGCCCGUCGUCACCCAGCCCCAUUCCCAGGACCCACUUAUUUAUAGAAAGUACAGUGAUUCCGGUUCUUUUUAUUUUUCCCCAAGAAUUGCAGCGGGAACCAUAUAUUUUUUAUUCCUGUUACCAUCUAAGAACUCUGUGGUUUAUUAUUAAUAUUAUAAUUAAUAUUUGGCAAUAGCAGGGGAAAUCAAGAAAAAUAUUUAUUUUACGAGUCUUUGCAAAGUUAGUAUAAAACUUCUGAUGCUACAGGAUAAAGGGGAAAUAACACCUAUUCCAACUUAGCUGCAUGGCUGGGGUUCACAUCUAGAAGUUUAGGAACCAUUUUCUUCUCAAAUAUGGAGUCCUUUGGGACGGUGGUGCCCAGGUAAAAGAGGUUGGAACAAACCAUGAAUGAUUCAGUUCCUAUGGCCAAAAUGAAACGCAGAUGCUCUGGUAUAAGACGAAAGACCUUAACUCUAGAUAAAUAUACAGAUAUGCCAAAAAUAGAGUAUGAGACACUCCCCAGUCCAGAGGCUAGCAGCCUGUCUUUUGUAUUUCAGAAUGACCUUUUAUAGUGUAAGAGCAAGAAUAUCAUAUCUUCAUAAGUAGGCAUAUCACGUAUGUUAUUAUAGCCCACCCACAGGUACUACAUUUAUGGAUGUGCCUUUUUCUAACAGUUUGUGAAAUCCAGGGAGCUAGCAGGCUGGGGAGAUGUCCCCAGAAAUUAGAAAACUUGAAAUUUCCUACAUUGAGGCCAUAAUCUUAUGGUGUUAGCCCCAGCUGAUUCUGUGAGUACCAGACUUAAUGUCUGGAAAGGGAUUUUGACCCAGAAACUAUCUCGUUUUGAAAGCCAUCUUACUAUCUUAAAAAUGAAAAUUACCCACGAAUCCCAUUUGCAGAUCCUCUCCCCAGAUGACAAGGAAGUCCCAUGUAGUUGAGCCUUGCAGAAGGGCAGAAUACCUCUUUGAGGAGAAAGUGGCAGCCGCCUUCCUACUUGACCCCAAGCCCUCUCUGGACUCUCCGUGCCCUAUGCGAUGCUGGCCACACAUCUAGAUGGCAUCUCCAGUGAACACUCUUUGUUUGCAGGGCAGGACACGUACCUGAGGAGCAAUGCUCAAAAACAGCUACUUGGGUUUUUUUUUUUUCUUUUGAGGUACGGUAACUUCAUGUGUUUUGCUGAUAUUACUUGGCCUAAGGAGUCCACGGAGGUGUCAUAAUCCUGUGUUUAGACUAUCCAUUUGUGCUUCUCCUAUUAUCCUGCAGGUGUACGCCAAAACUGUUCCUCGUGUACUUGAACAGUUGCAUUUAUAAGGGGGGGGAGGGAGUGGUGUAAUGGUGCCUGAUAUCUCAGACUUUUGUACAUAACAUAUAUAUAAAUAUACAUAUAUAAAUAUAGAUAUAACUAUAUCUCAGUGCAGUUCAUGAUUUAGAUUUACAGUUUGCUCUGGGCUUACUCUCUGCCUGGUGCAUUGCCCUUCAUUGAAGUCCCACGGCGAGUUCUUUUUUUUUUUCUUCCCAAAAUUUUGAGUCUUGACAUUGGCAUGUGACUCUUUGGGAUCCCACCAUGAACACCAGGAAGCAGGCUAGACUCUGAAGAAGCGUUCCAGGCUGGUGUCCUGAAAUGUACGUUGGCUAGAAGGUGGCCUUUCGGCUUCCUUCCCACCCCCAGUUCUCCACCCUCUCUUUGGCAUUCUUUGCGGGGAGGGCACUGUGGUUUGUCACAGCCGCGGACUUUGAGAGGCACUCAGAACCCAGGAGCACCAGCCUCCUCUCCAUUGGCUUCACUCGUUUCUCAGUGAGGACUUGUGCCUGUCCUGUCUGACAGGGCUGACCUGAGUCCCUGAUCAGCUCACCACAUAGCUAGCUAGUUUAAACAAUGUUUUAAAAUAAGGGCACCUCUAUGGCAAAAGUGGCGUCUGCUGUGUUGUUGUUGGGCCUGAGGCUGUUCUUCAAGGUUUGAAAAGAUGUGUCUCCCUCCACAGGCAUGGUGGCCUUCUGGUUACCUCAGGCCUGGUGGCUCUUAACUUAUUGCCCCCAAAUAUUCUUUUCCCCUCAGCUACAGUGAAUCGCAAGCGAAAGACCUUGAAAUGAAAAAGCACUAAUUUAGUUUAAAAUGUCACUUUUUUUGGUUUUUAUUCUACAAAAACCACGAAGUAUGCUUUUUAUAUUUGCUAAAUCAGAUUGUUCUUUUUUUUUUAAGUGAUUCAUGUUUAUGAGCAGAGUGGAGUUUAACAAUCCUAGCUUAAAAAAACUAUUUAAUGUAAGAUAUUCUACGCGUCAUUCAGAUAUUUUGUAUAUCCUCUAUGGCCUUUUUUCUGUACUUUGAAUGUACAUAUUUCUGUCUUGUGUGAUUUGUAUAUUUCACUGGUUUAAAAAAACAUCAAAAGGCUUAUGCCAAUGGAAGAUAGAAUAUAAAAUAAAAUGUUACUUGUAUAUUGGUAA